CUGCAACGUGGAUGAGGCCAUCCUUCUGGUAUGGCAGUCGUCAACUCUCGGAAAACUCGCAAUGCUGCUUCUCUUGAGACGACGAUGCUAUCCGGCCAGGACAGUUCGGAUCUCGCUAUCCUGGUUGGCCAGAUAUUUGUCGAUGCCGUUCACCCGUGGACCUGGAAUUCAUCAAGUCGUUCUUCGGAAGGCCCGCGCUCACGUGUCAUGCCUCGACGGUCUAGAGUCGACGCGUGCGAGUCUGGUAACUCGGCCAUAGUCGAUCUCCAUUCGCUUAUAAUAGCCUCAUCUUCUUCCUGCCUUGGUCAAACAGGGGUCGCAACCUGCGAGGGGAGCCAGGAAUGUGUACCAGCCGGGAAACGAAGCGCGGAGCGUGCACUCACUGCAAGUUGCUCAAGGUUCGGUGCCAGUUUCUAGCGGAUUCCCAAGUGUGUAUUCGUUGUGAAAGCGCAAAACACGAGUGUAUUCCUCGCGAUCGCAAAAAGCGAAAAGACGCUCCGACGCAGGAAGACUUGCAAGCCAAGGCCCUCGUCCAAGAUAGAACGAUUCAGGCCCUCCUGGCGCAAAUGGAUGAGGCCAGAAGAAAACAGACCCUGCAGAGGCUGAUGGGGGAUGAUCCUAUGAAGACCCCUUCGAUACGUGAUAAAAUAUCACCCGAGCGUGCAGCCAUCGCCUACUUUCGGUCCGGCUUUCCUCCCCGGAAUAGGCCGAUUCCCCCAGUCAUAUCAGGCUGCUAUCUCUAUCCUCCGGACAUCAUAUACCUAUUCCAGCUGUAUUUCCGGCACGUGCAUGUAAGAAUCAAAGUUGUAGAAUUUGGAUUGCUCAUCUCGCACAGCCGUAUUUCUCUAUCUUGGACCCGCAACUGCAUGGUGAUCCCAAUCUCUUGCUUUGGAAGUCUCCAUUUCUUUUUACCGCCAUCUGUGCGACGGCGGCACGAUAUAUGACGGAACGGCCGAAUCUGCACGCCAAGGCCAAUGACUUUGCCCGUGAUGCCGCGUCUCAGGCUUUAAUCGAAGACUGUGCGAGUGUGGAAAUAUGCCAGGCUUAUCUGAUUAUCGCUGUUUAUCCCACGCCUCACAAGACCUACAGCGAAGAUCGAGCAUGGGUGUUUAUUGGGCUUGCCGUCAAAAUGGCACUGCAGCUGGGCCUGAAUGUUCCGGGAGACUCCCCCGCAAGUCUAGAGGGCCUCAAUCGCACGCGGACGUGGCUGAAAUGUUUUUGCGCCGAUCUCUCGUUUUCGGUGCAAUCUGGGAAGAUUGCUAUGAUCGGGGUGGAUGACUAUAUUGGACGAACGUCGACGGAAUGGUACAGAACGGCAGCUUACAAUCAGCCCUAUGACAUCCAUCUCUGCGGCUACACCUGCCUCUGGCUUGUCAUGGCGCGAUGGAAAAGGGAUGUGGAGGAGCAGAGGUCUGUCGAGGCAAGAGUGAAGCUGGCUCUCGAAGUCCGGAAUGAGCUGGCGAGUCAAGCACGAGCUUGGCUCAUUCGCUCGUACGAGAAUCUUCCGGGAUAUGAUUUCCCCAUCUGUCGGUAUCGUGUCAAUGCACUGCGGAUGAUCGCGGCAUAUCUGCAACUGGUCGUUCUGUGUCACGUGUUCAAGCAGGAGUUGAGGGACGAUGGACAGGCCAAUUUGCUGCACGAGACGCAGAUUCUAGAAUCUGCCUUGCAAGCAGCUUUUGACGUCCUUCGAAUUGUCCUUGACGAUCUCUAUCCCACCGAAUUCCUGCGUUAUGCGACGAACUGCGUCUUCCUUCACAUCUCCUUUGCUGCAUCAUUUCUGGUCAAUCUACUUCGACCGCGUUUCGAAUAUCACAUCUCUCGGGAUACCAGACACGGCAUCAUUUCUCUGGUGGGGAAACUAAUCGACGCGCUCUCAUCUGAGCGGGUAGUUCUCGACUCCAAGCACGCACCAGCGGCGUACUCUCGCUUUCUCUCUGAUCUUCUUUCAAAAUACCGGGGCGAGUCGGAACCUGACAUGCGCGUCAUCCAGGACAACCUUGGGGUGGAUGCACCGAUUCUUUUAGGGCUAGAUGCGUAUGGCAUUGACACAUUAGAUUCAUCUUCAUGGGACAACUACUUACACCUGUAUCCGGACAUGGAUUUGUCAUUCAGCGAGCUCUUUCGAGCGGAAAACGGAGACCAAACUCCGGCAUAUGACCAAUUCAGUCGUACCCACUUCUCCACAUCUUUGGCAUAAUACACGAAUGCAUUCUUGAUUCGGGAGAUUAGAUUAGAUCUGCGCAUCAGCCCCAUGCACAGCAUUCACUCUCUCAUUCAACGACGAUGGAGGCUAGGCCUCUCAAACAGGCGUACACACGACUGUUUGCGUCGGGGUCGCUGGCCCGGAUCCGCGAUGCCGCGUUAGCAGAUCGCCUGUUCAACAUUAGCGACGACGCCUUACAGGUCCCUGGCCGGAGUGUGGCAUGGAAGCUGUUUCUGCUUCCCGACGACGAGCCUCUGAAACGUGCAACCGACAGCCAUGCCUCGCCACCGCUAGUAUCCUUGCGCACCCACCGCAAGAGAUUCAAUCAGUUGCUGGAAGAGAAGAUGCGCGCUCCCGAUGGGAGCUACGAAGAGGGAUUUGUGCUUCCAGGGUCUUCCAAAUCUCCCCAACGCCAAGCAUCGGAGAGCAACUUGGAGACAAACAAUCCGCUCAGCCUACACCAAGAGAAUCCGUGGAAGGAGUGGUUUGCAUCCGUGGAAUUACGCAAAACGAUCCUGCAGGAUGUUGAGAGGACUUUCCCUGAAAUUGCGUUCUUCCGGGACCCUGAGGUCCAGAUUCAACUAACUAACAUCUUGUUCUUGUACUCAGCCGUCUCGAAUCCUUCCGUGGGGUAUCGCCAGGCAUGCACGAGCUUCUUGCCGCGCUGUACCUUGCGGUGGAGUAUGAUUCAAUCGACAAGCCGGAUGCUUAUCCCGAUUGUCCUGGAUUGUCAGAGAUGUGCUCCAAGACAUGGGUGGCCGCGGAUGCCUGGGCCCUAUUCGAAGCUGUGAUGCGAGUAGCCUCUCGAUGGUACGAGUGGCAAGAACCCAAUCCAGCACUGAAACAAAGCCAAUCUCAUUUCGCCACCCAUGUCAACCUCGCCGCGAAGCCGGCUGAGAUCAAGCCGUAUAUCACACCUGUGGUCGAGGACUGCAAUCGCAUACAAUCCACGUUUCUUCGUACGGUCGACCCUGCUCUGUGGAAGUCUAUGCAAUCGGCUGGGAUCGAGCCUCAGAUCUAUGGUAUACGAUGGCUCAGACUUUUGUUCACUCGCGAACUGGACCUGCCGUCUGCCAUGCGACUGUGGGAUGCCCUUUUUGCGUCGAGCAUUGAUCUGGCUCCUUGGAUCUGUGUGGCCAUGUUGAUUCGAAUUCGUAAUGAGCUUCUUCCGACCGACUACAGCGGGCAACUUUCAACUUUGCUCCGAUAUCCGACGAUGCAUGCGCUAGACGGAGCGCAUCCCAGUACAAUCUUGGUUCGCCAAGCUAUCCUCCUCCAGAUGUCACCUACACAAGCCACCGGCCACUCCUUGUUGCUCGAGAACCGGAAUACGUUGGGUAUCUCUCUCGAAGUGCCUGCGCCGCCUCCAGCUCCUCAGCGCAGGAGACCACCGACUUCCGCCCAUGCAACCUCUCCGAGUGUCGGAUCAGCACAUGUGAAUCCACGAAACAGCAUCGAUCCUCGGCAGACAGGGAUCGAGACGAUGGCCCGUAGCCUACUGGAACGUGGAGAAAGCCUGGGAAUCAACAAGACAUUGAUGAGUGCAGUGCCGGAGAUUCGGCGUAACCUAUCAGAGUUGGCGGCGUCGUUCGUGCGAUCCCCGACGAAUCCAUCCUUCCCGAUGGUCGAUGAGCCAGAUAGACCACCAUGGGAGCCUCGCUCGCGACUGGAGAUUGAGCGUGAAAUGGUGCAGGUGCAUGCGAAUAACAAAAGGAUGUCCGAGUCACUUGGCUGGGCUCUGGAUGUGUUGCUACAGGAUGAAGCCGCAUCUUCAGAUGCAGAUCGCCUGCGCAAAUCGAAACGAGAGGCCCUCGAAGCGGUUUCAUAUGUGCGGGACGUGCUUGCUUCUGUGCGGUUGUCCGAGCUCGAGGAGGAUAGACUGUUCGGGGAAGAGGAAUUAUGGAAGAGGAGAAAGGCUGCGCAGGACAAGAACAAACCUGUGACGGCUUCUGUGUCUCCGCCCACGCCUGCUUCAAUAGCAGAGCCACGUAGCCGACCAGCCCCAGCCGCGAUGCCGCAUGCGAAAGUUACACAUUCUGCACAACCAUCCAAGCCUUCUCCGUGGCACCACACUCCUUCCAACUUUUCGACUUCUUUUCCCAGUGCAUCACUUCCACGAGUUCCGCCUACAUCAGCCAUCUUGCGACCAUCAUCGGACAUCAAAUCACGUGAGCUCACCCGGUCCCCGCCGAGGCCCACAGUCCAUUUGGACCAUGAUCCCUUGGGCGUCUCAUAGUUUUCCCAUGGGACAAUGAACUUUCAGAAACUGUAUAAGAUUUCUACUUACCAUGUUGUAUAAUCUCCACGUCUUUUCAACGCCGCCGGACAAGCGGAUGCCCGAAUCAAAUGAGAAGCAUGUGAUUGGCGGGUGAUGUCGGCGUCAUUCGGAUUUAGACGUCGUAAAGACUUGCUGGCUUGUGCAACUUCAUCUCUCCCUGAACGAUGUUCAGAAAAAGUCUUGCGCGGACACUGCCCCGCGCUCGGUCCUUUUACUCGUCUGCCCCCGUACACAAGGUCGUAGGCACCAACUCGGUCAAGGCUGAAGAAGUCAAGUCUUGGGCUUCUGGAAAGUACCCUCUCAUCGAGCACGAAUACGAUGCUAUCGUUGUAGGCGCCGGUGGUGCUGGUCUCCGCGCUGCGUUCGGGCUGGCGGAGGCUGGUUUCAACACUGCUUGCAUUACCAAGCUCUUCCCCACUCGAAGUCACACGGUCGCGGCCCAGGGAGGUAUUAACGCCGCCCUCGGAAAUAUGACUGAGGAUGAUUGGAGGUGGCACAUGUAUGAUACUGUCAAAGGCUCAGACUGGCUCGGAGACCAAGAUGCCAUUCAUUACAUGUGUCGCGAAGCUCCUGGCACCGUCAUCGAGCUCGAGCACUUUGGUGUGCCCUUUUCUCGAACGAAGGAGGGCAAGAUCUAUCAGCGUGCUUUCGGUGGUCAAUCCCUGAAAUACGGGAAAGGUGGCCAGGCAUAUCGUUGUGCUGCUGCGGCCGAUCGGACCGGACACGCGCUUCUGCACACUCUCUAUGGACAAUCUUUGCGCCACAACACCAACUUCUUCAUCGAAUACUUCGCCUUGGAUCUGAUCAUGCAAGAUGGCGAGUGUGUCGGUGUCAUUGCUCUCAACAUGGAGGACGGCACGCUUCACCGAUUCCGCGCCCACAAGACUGUCUUAGCCACCGGAGGAUACGGACGUGCAUACUUCAGCUGCACUAGCGCGCACACCUGCUCCGGCGACGGUAACGCGAUGGUCGUUCGAGCUGGUUUGCCGCUGCAGGAUCUGGAGUUUGUGCAAUUCCACCCGACUGGUAUCUACGGUUCCGGCUGUCUCAUCACUGAGGGAUCUCGAGGAGAGGGUGGAUACCUCCUUAACUCUCAGGGUGAACGUUUCAUGGAGCGCUACGCGCCGACGGCCAAGGAUCUUGCUUCGCGCGAUGUCGUGUCUCGGAGUAUGACCGUGGAAAUUCGGGAGGGGCGUGGUGUGGGCCCUGACCAGGACCAUAUCUUCCUUCAGUUGAGCCAUCUUCCUGCCGAAGUCCUCCACGAGCGGCUGCCCGGUAUCUCGGAGACGGCGUCUAUCUUUGCGGGUGUCGAUGUUACCAAGGAGCCGAUCCCCGUCCUGCCCACGGUGCACUACAACAUGGGAGGUAUCCCCACCAAGUACACCGGUGAGGUCAUCACUGUCGAUGCGGAGGGCAAGGACCAGGUUGUCCCGGGAUUGUAUGCUGCCGGCGAGGCUGCUUGCGUGUCCGUGCACGGUGCGAACCGUCUCGGCGCCAAUUCGCUGUUGGAUAUCGUCGUUUUCGGUCGCGCUUGCGCCCACCACAUCAAGGAAACCCUCACCCCAGGCAAGCCCCACAAGGCUAUCCCGGAAGAGGCUGGCAUGGAGACUGUCGAGUUUUUGGAUAAGAUUAGAACUUCGGAUGGCCCGGAGCCCACUGCCAAGAUUCGGCUGGCGAUGCAAAAGGCGAUGCAAGCUGAUGCCGCUGUUUUCCGUACUCAGUCGAGUUUGGACGACGGUGUUGCUAAGAUGACCGAGAUCUACAAGAGCUACGACAAUGUUGGAAUCAAGGACCGAAGCAUGAUCUGGAACUCUGAUUUGAUUGAGACCCUGGAGCUGCGCAACAUUCUGCAGUGUGCCAUGCAAACGGUCACCUCGGCUGCUGCUCGCAAAGAGUCACGUGGUGCUCACGCGCGCGAGGACUUCCCAGAUCGCGAUGACAAGGAGUGGAUGAAGCACACUCUGAGUUUCCAGCGUGACCCCACGAAGCCCGACGUUGAGCUCCAGUACCGGGCUGUGAUCGGAACGACUUUGGACGAGAACGAGUGCAAGGCUGUUCCUCCUUUCAAGCGGGUUUACUAGUCGUCGUAAUUCCUAUUGUAUUCCCAUUCGUAUACAACAAUACAAUCAAG